UCCGUGCCAGCAGAACAUUUCCGGAACGGGUUUCGGCUGCGUUCAAUAAACCCAGCCCCUCGAAAGGCAUUCGGUUCGGGACUAAUAAACCGAUUUUAAGAACCAGCUGGCGAUUAACCGACUCACCGUUAGCUCCAUAAAUGCCAGAACCCGCAGAUAUGUGCUUAUCACAACCCUGCGAACGCCGGUAAAAUUGGGGGCCGUGAAAAUCUGAUAUCAGCAACAUGGACUUCGAGGAGAUUCUGGCCAAGUGCGGCCACAGCAGUCGUUAUCAGUUCGUAUUGCUGGCUCUAUAUGGCUACCUCAUGAUCGUCGUAUCGAUGCACUAUUUCUCGCAAAACGUCAUCAGUUUUGUGCCCGACCAUUGGUGCUAUCACGAACACCUGGCGAAUCGCAGCUUCGCCGAAAUCGAGGCGAUAUAUUCCCAAUUCGAGAGGCCCUCUUGCACGCGACUUGAAGAGAUCGAUGAGGAUGGGCAGAAUCACACGCUGAGCACGAAGCGAUGCAAUAGGUGGAUCUACAAAUACGAUUUUGGAUAUAAAAGUAUGAAUACGGAGCUAAACUGGGUGUGCGAUGAGGCUUAUAAGCCCCGUGUGGGUCAGUCACUGUUCUUUGUGGGCUCGGUUUGCGGAACUCUAGUCUUUGGCCUGCUUGGAGAUCGGAUAGGACGCAUUAAGGCCUUGAUUUUGGCGAACUGGUGUGGUUUCCUUGGCGAUUUCUCAACCAUAUUCGCCAACAGUCUUGUUUCGUUCUCGAUCAGCCGUUUUGUAUCUGGAUUGGCGGCCGAUGCCAACUCUUAUCUCAUGUAUAUACUGAUUCUCGAAUAUGUCUCGCCCUCGUUGAGAAACGUGGGACUUAAUACAGUUUUGGGAAGUUUCUACUGCCUUGGCCUGAUCGGAGCCUCUUGGCUGGCCGUUUGGGUGGGUCACUGGCGCAUUUUCCUGGCCUGUUCCUCGGUGCCCCUCCUGCUGGUUACCCUUUUCUACUUUCUUGUCCAGGAGAGCGCCCAGUGGCUGGUCACACGCAACGAUAUUGAUGGAGCCAUCAGGAGACUCCAGCGCGUGGCCAAAAUUAAUCGUCGCCAGGUGGCUGAUGAUGAUUUUAGGACUUUUCGUAACUAUUGUGAGCAGCACUACCGCAAGGAUGUCAAGGAGGAGAAAAGUGAGGAUAAACUGCUGGACAUGCUGAAAACGCCGCGCAUGCGCAGCACCGGAUUUAAACUGCUGCUUAUUUUCAUUAUUAUUACGCCCUGCUACAACACGAUCGCUCGGAACGUGGAGGGUCUGGGCAUAUCGCCCUUCAUCAUGUUCUCCCUGAACGCCCUGACCCUGCCGCCCUCGGGAUACCUACAGGGUCUGCUGCAAGAUCGGAUUGGACGCAAGGCCACCGCGGUCAGUUGGAUGACCAUAACUGGAUUAUUUGCCGCUGCCGCUGGUCUGGUGAUAUCGCAAGGUAGCAAUAGGAAUAUACUGCUACUAGUUGGUCUAACUUUGGCGGCCAGAUUUGGGGUCUCCAUCGCCGAUGGUGCCAGUUCGCAGUUCUCCGCCGAGCUAAUCCCCACCAGCGUGCGGGGAAGGGGCGUGGCCGUGGUGCAUGUGGCUGGAUUUGCCGCCUCCUUCCUCUCGCCCUACAUUCUCCAUUUGGGCACUUACUUUAAGCCAGCUCCGUCGAUUAUCUUGGGGCUUCUUUUCCUAUCCGGAGCUUAUGUGUGUCUGCUGCUGCCUGAGACUCGUAAUAAGAAACUUCCCAUGUCGUUGGCCGAAGGAGAGGAGUUCGGUCGGGGAGAGGGCAAAUUUGACUUUCUUACAAAUAUGCUAGGAAGGAAAACCAAAGACUCUGAAGUGGAAAUGAGUUGCAAGGAAGUGGAGGAGGACACUCUGAUGACUAAGCCUGUGCAGCAGUAGAAACAAUCUAAAUCCUACUGGUUGUUAUGUUUCUUUUUUAAAUUAGAGC